AUGUCAGGAAAGGAUCUGAUAGGUCAGAGGCGCUUGACGUUUAAAGUAGAAUUCGGAGUGCCACUGAGGAGUGCGUUCACUACACAUGAUUUUGAAAUACUGGUCAAUGAAGCGGUACGAGUAAUAUUAGGUCAGACUGCGCCGAAUUAUUCGUUAGGUGGAUCAAAAGGAAUUGGAAAAGCAAUCGCCACGGCCUUAAUGCGGCGCGGUUGUUCUGUUUCUUUGGCUGCGCGGAACGUGGAACAGCUGGAACUGGUGUGUAAAGAAUUGAAUGCACUUGCAAAAAGCAAAAAAAAUGGAGCAGUUGCAAAAUAUUAUAGUGUUGACGUCACUUCAUCCUAUAGUGUGUUGAAAGCAGUGGUAGAAGAAGCAGAAAAUGAACUUGGUGAUAUCAAUAUUUUGGUAAAUAACGCGGGGUAUGCUCUGCAAGGUGCUUUUGAUUUGGUUGAUAUAUCAGUAUAUGAGGAACAAAUGCGUCUGAAUUUUUUGAGCGCGGUUUAUAUGACUAAAGCAGUAGUAUCCAAAAUGAAAAAGUUACGAGAUGGUCAAAUCAUUUUUGUGAAUUCUGCGGCGGGUCAGUGUCCAAUUUGGGGAUAUACUGCUUACGGAGCAACAAAAUUUGCGAUGCGUGGUUUCGCUGAAGCGUUGUAUAUGGAACUGCUUCCAUAUAACGUCCAAGUAUCGGUAAUCUAUCCUCCAAAUACAAAUACAGAAGGCUACCAGCGUGAAAUAUUGACAAUGCCGGAAGAACUGAAAGAAAUCAGCAGUACCGCAGGAUUGUUCAAACCAGAAACGGUUGCUGAAUGCCUCAUUUAUAAUCUUUCUCAUGGUAAUUAUCACACAUGCAUUGGUCUGGAGGGAUGGGCACUUGGAGUAUUAUCAGCAGGUGGUGGACCAGAGAAGAGUUUUUUGCAAGCUGUUGCACAGGUGCUCUUCGGUGGUUUGCUGCGGGCGAUCAUGCUCAUUUACAUUGGACAUUUUAAUUGGAUAGUGGAAAAAUGUAGGCUUAGACGAUGA